AUGGCUGCAGAGGAACCCUUUGCAAAGUCCAAGACUGGCAUCAAGGUGAUUAUCGUCGGGGCAGGUUUCGGCGGCCUUACAGCAGCGAUAGAGUGCCAUCGUCAGGGCCACCAGGUGGAAAUUUAUGAGUCGUUCCCUGAGCUCAAGACCUUGGGAGACAUAAUAUCCUUUGGCGCAAAUGCUGGGCGAAUAUUUCGUCGAUGGGGCGUCGACGGCUCGAUAGCUAAGAAAAUGAGAGCUCUAAGUAUCGACCUCGUUAAGCAUGGAUUCAAAAUCCACAAGUACACCGGAGAGCACAUCAUCACUCAACCGACACCCCCCAUGGAUCCCGAUGCACCGGUUUUCAAUGGCCAUCGUGGAGAGUUGCACGAGGUGAUUUUCAAUUACGCCAGGGACGACCUCAAGAUCCCUAUUCAUCUUGGACAGAAAGUCGAGAAAUACUUCGAAGAGGACGAUAAAGCUGGUAUCGAAUUGGUGAAUGGAGAAAGAGUAUAUGGCGAUAUGGUGGUGGGGUCGGAUGGCGUGAGGUCAAAAGCACGGGAGCUUGUCCUGGGAUAUAUUGACAAGCCAAAGAGCAGUGGCUACGCGGUCUUCCGUGCCUGGUUUCCAAAUACCGAUAUGAUUGCCGACCCCCGGACGAAGCAUUUCUGUGACAACGGCGACACGUUCCAGGGCUGGAUCGGGCAGGAUGUCCAUUUUCUUUUUUCGACCAUCAAGAACGGGAGUGACUGCUGUUGGGUGUUAACGCACAGGGAUGAGGCAGAUAUCGACGAAUCUUGGUCAUUUCCAGGCAAGCUAGAGGAUGUGUACAAAGUAUUCGAGGGUUGGGACCCUCUCUGCAAGACUAUUGUCUCAAAAACGCCGGAGAGCCACCUCGUCGAUUGGAAAUUGGUGUACCGAGAUCCGCUGCCAACAUGGGUCAGCAAAGGCGGUCGUAUCGCUUUGCUGGGUGAUUCAGCACAUCCCUUUUUACCAACCUCGGCUCAGGGCGCCACACAAUCGAUGGAAGAUGGUGUCACUCUAGCAGUUUGCCUCAGGCGUGCCGGGAAAGGUCAGGUCCCAGAUGCUGUCCGGACAUAUCAAAGGAUCAGGUAUGACCGGGUAAAGGCGGUGCAGAAGACGGGAGAAACGACACGGGACAUGUGGCACAAGGCGGAUUGGGAUAAAGUCAAGGAGGAUCCCAAGUCCGUACAAUUUCCGCGCGAGGACUGGAUCCACAUGCACGACGCCGAAAAGCAUGCGGAGGAAGUCUUUGAUGAGAACUUUGCUGCAACUCAAUCGGCGGAAAAGGGGGUCCCUGAAAAGCUGAUGAGCGGAGUGGACACGGUCAGUGGUGUCAAUGGCGUACACAAGGCUACCGCAGUGGGUGAAGUGAAUGGUACUCACUAA